GUAAAUAACAUAUAUUUUACAUCGAACACCUAGACUUCAAAGCUUAUAAUUUCUAUGUCCAACCAAUGCCACUUCCAAAAUGCACAAAUCGUAGAUUCUAUCACUGGAUUCUUAAACCAUUGUUCUCAAAGUAGGAAUCUUAGGGACAUUAAGAAGCUCCAUGCUCAUCUACUUAGAACAGGCUUGCUCUUUAUUUCCCUUAAUUUUCAUACUGAACUCAUCCAUUCGUACACCACAUGCCUUCACAGAAACAACCCUCAAACCCUGACCAACUUCUUCAAAUGCAUGAAUCCCAAGAACCCAAUUCCCUUUAAUGUUAUAUUAUCCGGCUUUAGCCGAAAUGGGUUGGCAUUUAAUGCACUAAAAACCUUUUCUUUCAUGCACAUCUAUGGUGUGCCUAUAGAUACAUAUACUUUGUGUAGCUCUUUAACAGCUUCCUCUUCUAUCAGAAAUGUUAAAUUUGGUCAGCAGGUACAUGCCCUUGUGGCUAAAUCCGGUUGGUCAUCCAGUGUUUUUGUGGGAAGUGCUCUGGUUGAUUUGUAUUCAAAGUCGUUGAUUAUUGAUGAUGCAGAAGGGGUGUUUGAUGAAAUUCCUGAGAAAAACAGUGUGUGCGCUAAUGCACUGUUGUCAGGUUAUGGUGAGGCCAAGAUGUGGCUUGAGGGACUUAAACUGGUUCGUAAGAUGCCCAUGUUGAAUUUGGAUUAUGAUCACUUCACAUUGUCAGCAAUAUUGCGGGCAUGCGCUGGACUAUCUGCAAUUGAAUUCGGGAUGCAGGUGCACGCCUAUUUGAUUCGUAGAAUAUAUGAUGUGGGAAAGGAUGUGUUUCUUCAGAGUUCAUUGAUUGAAAUGUACGGAAAGUGUGGCCUAGUAGGGAAGGCUUGGCAAGUCUUUAAUUUGGCAGGAAUUGGGAAAGGAAAAGAGCGUCAAAGGGAUGUCGUUUUAUGGACUUCAAUGCUUGGUGUAUAUGGUAGAAAUGGACACAAUGAAGAAGUUGUUAGAUUAUACCAAGAGAUGUUAAAGGAAGGGAUUAAACCAGAUGAGGUGGCAUUUGUGACAGUCCUAUCUGCUUGUGAUCACACUGGCCAAGUGAACCUUGGAGUUGAGUUAUUCAAAUCCAUGACUCAUGACUUCGGGUUGGACCCUGGCCCUGAGCAUUACAGUUGUCUGAUUGACUUGCUUUGUAGGGCUGGUCAGUUGGAUAGGGCAUUGAGGCUGGUGAAUGAGAUGGUCCAUAAAGGACAUGGAAGUUGCAGCGUUUCCAUGUGGGGGGCUUUGCUUAGCGCCUGCAAGGAUUGCGGAAAUAUAGAGUUGGGCAAGUUGGCUGCUCAAAGGGCAAUUGACUUGGAUCCUCAGAAUGUGGGGAUUUAUAUUAUGUUAUCAAAUUUAUAUGCCAAGUUGGGUAUGUGGGAUGAGAUUGAGCAGUUGAGGGAACUGAUGAAAGAGAGAGGGUUAAAGAAAGAUGUUGGAUGUAGUUGGAUUUAGGUCACAUGAUUCUGAAAGAGAAACAUAUGGAGCAUUUGAGGUUUCCUUGUGAAGAGAUACCAUGAUACUGCCUUUAAACUCAAAUUGUGAUGUUGCAAGUAGUCAAAUGGUAGCAUCUAAAGUCGAAACAAGAAGUGAAAAGAAGGGAAUAGGUCUGAAAUUGACAAGUUCUUGGAGAAUUAUUGCAUUAAUCAAAACAAAAGUGAAGCUAGGACCUUACUUUACACCUUUUUUGUUCUCAUAGUUGAUCAUAAUCUUUAAAAAAAUCAUCCUUUGAACUUCAUUUAGUGCUUCCGGCCAAAAUAUCAAAAUAGAACUUCAAUCAGUUGGUGUCUUCUGUAGGCUGAUUGUGCUGAAUGCAACUGCAUAUGCUCUUAAUUUGGUGCAGAUUGGCAUCUAAGAUAUAAGCAAUACAGGCAGUAGGCAUGUACUUUGGGAUGCUCUCAACCAAACAAUCCUGUGCACAAGACUCAUACCAGUAACUUCGUGAGCAGGUUAGCACUUUUCAACCUAACAAACAAAUGCAUCAUCAAUCAAGUUUCAUCAGGGAUUUUAUCUCUCUGUAAGAAAUGGUUGGUUGAUUCACGAUAUAUAAUGGGACUUUGCAUUUGUGCUCACAUAAUUAGUUGUGUAUAUAGACAUAUACACACUUCUCCUUCAUUGUUCUUGUACUUGGAUGAAAGGGACCUCCACCUCAGUUUUGUGAAUUGAAGUAAUAAAAUGACUCAUUUGAUCU